AUGGUCAAAGUUGCGUGGACACGUUUAAUUCGCUUUGUUGCGACUGAUGGCCGUACUCUACGCGGCGAGCCUAUCCUUCCGUCAGAAGAUUUCGACCUUGGUAAUGUCGCUGAGGCGGACGAUUUAAAGGCAAAAGUCAUAAUCGGCGAUGACAUAUUCGACACCACGGGCCAGACCUUUGUAACGAAUGAGAUCGUGGGGGUGAAGAAGGUCCUUGGGCCGUUGGCGGCAUCAGAGAUUCCGAUCUUGAGAUGUGUGGGUUUGAAUUAUGCGAAGCACAUCAAGGAGGCCGGGAGAGCUCCUCCCCCAUUUCCGUUCAUUUUUUUCAAGCCGAAUACUACGGUUAUUGAUCAUGAGGCGCCGAUCGUAAUACCGAAAAUUGCCCAGGAUGACCAGGCAGACUACGAAGGAGAAUUCUGCAUAGUCAUUGGGAAGGAUGCAAAGGACGUCUCCGUUGACGAUGCCCUCGACUACGUCGGUGGUUACACGGCUGGGAACGACGUCUCAUCUCGAAAGCUUCAACGAGAUCCCGAACUCGCAGGGAGGGUGCCUCAAUGGGGAUUCUCUAAGGGAUUCGACACUUUCGCUCCGCUCGGACCCGUCCUAGUAGCGCCAGCACUCAUUCCAGAUCCAUCCAAACUCCAUCUCAAGACGAUUGUGGACGAUGAGGUGCGGCAAGACGAAAGCGUAUCCGACCUGCUAUUUGACUCCAAGUACAUCAUCUCCUAUUUGAGCUCAGGUACGACGCUACAGAAAGGUAGCGUCAUCAUGACAGGCACUCCUGGUGGCGUCGGAUCUGGAUUCAAGCCACCAAGAUACCUAACACCCGGAGCGAAAGUUGAGGUCAACAUCACGAAGAUUGGAACGCUCCGAAAUCCUGUCGAGUUUGCGUGA